AUGUCGGGCAGCAGCAAGAAGUCACUCAAGGCCGCCCUGGCCCUCGGCGGCGGCCUCGUGACCGUGGGCCUCAUGGCCGCCAUGCUGACCGAUGAUGAUGGGCCGCCGGAGGAUGUGGUCGACGGCGUCCAGUCGACGAUGAACGGUCUGGUGGACAAGGCCGGCGGCGCGGUUGCGGCCAUGGCGGCUUCGGUGGGGGAGGCGGUCAAAUCGUCGCUCGGUGGGGUGCUCAAGACCUCGGCACCGGCGCCUUCGAAGACGAAGAAGGCCAAGAAGCGCAAGACGAAGACGAAGGCGGCGGCGAAGGCGCGGAAGGCGCGCAAGCGCGAGGCCAAGGCGGCGAGGGCGACGGUGCCCGUCACGCCGCCGAAGAAGACCCCGGCCGCGCGCGAGGAGCCCGUCGUGCCCGAGGCCGCGCCGCCCGUCGUGGAUGCGCCGGUGCCAUACGCCGUCGGCGCGCGCGUCGAGGCGCGCUGGGCCGGGACGUGGUACGGGGCCGUCGUAGAAGAGCUGCACGCCGACGGGAGCUACGAGGUCGAGUGGACCGACACGCCCAACGUCUUCAACACGGUCGCGGCGGCCGACGUGCGCGCCGCCGAGGACGAGCCAGUGCCGCCGCCGCCGCCGGAGGCCGAGGAGGAGGCGGCGCCCGCGGCCGAGCCGCCCGCGCCCGCUCCGCCCGCCGCCGCGGACGACGAGGCCGGCGAGGAGGAGCCCGAGGAGGAGCAGGAGCCCGAGGCCGCGGACGGCGAGGCGCCCGCGGCGGAAGAGGCGCCCGAGGCCGCGGCCGCGGACGACGAGGUCCAGGGCCUCCUCGACGGCGCCGCGCCGCGCGUCGUCGUCGACAUGCUCCUGGCCAACGAGAGCUUCAAGAUCGCCUUCGACCAGGAAAAUCCCAAGCGCCCGGACUCGGCGUCCUGGACGCGCUACGAGGCCUACAAGGCGGCGACGUGCGGCGAACAGGUGCUCGAGCUGGGCGGGUCGAAGAGCGACGUGCUCCACGACUACAAAAAAGGCUUCCUCCGCGUGACGCGCUGCCCGGCGAUGAUCGCGUACGACCUCGACCGCGACGCCGUCGCCCCGGAGGAGCCGGUAACAACGGGCCGCCCGGCGCGCCGCGCGCCGAAGCGCGAGCUCUUCGUCGCCGAGUCGGCGACGGUCGACAACAAGAAGCUCAAGGGCGCCGAGUGA